ACACAUUGAUCCUCCAUCCUCUUAGUUGAAUGAAAAAAGUGGGCAGUUCAAGAUUUCAUAUUUGCCCUCACUGUCUCAAACGCUCUCUUUUCUCCCUGUCCUUUUCAGCCGGUCGGACGUACGCGUCCCAUACCUGCAUAGAGUUCCCAGUAUUCUUGGGUACAGUAUUGAACGUCGCAAUAUCCCGCGCGCACUGCACCAAGUGAGGGAGCCGAUGCCGAAAAGACUUCCCAUCCUUUCAACCAAAAAAAUAUUAUAAAAUCCAGGAUUGGACAACCAUUAAUCGAAAUGUUUGUCAAAAUAAUGCGACCAGUAAGGUUCCUCCCCCUUCUGUGCGCAGUUUGCCACCUGACCAUGGCUUUCCCCGCCCAAACAGGAUACUCAGAAGACAACAACCGUCAACUCCAGGUCACCAUCUCCAAGACAACCCCCAUCUUCGCUGCACACCUGGGCGGCUCCAUCACAAUCACCUGUCUGGUGUCCCUGUCACCUGGGCCCCCCUCAUCCUCCUCGCCCCCCAUCCCGCCCCGGAUCAAGUGGAGCGUGUUGCAUGAGGGGGAGCAGGAGGAGACAGAGAUCCUGGUGGCGCGGGGUCAAAGGGUGAAGGUCAAUGAGGCCUACAGAGAACGAGCCUCCCUGGUCAACUUUGCAGACUCGCCUGAGGACCUCUCCCUCUGGUUGGGGGAGCUGCGCUCAAGCGACACGGGGCACUACCGCUGCGAGGUGCAGCAAGGCCUGGAUGACGCCAGUGAUUUCACACAGAUAAAGGUCAAAGGUGUGGUCUUCCACUACAGACACGCCUCUGGCCGCUAUGCAUUUUCGUUCAGUGAGGCCCAGAGGGCAUGCGAGGGCAUUGGGGCACACAUCGCCACUCCCGACCAGCUUCUGGCAGCCUAUUACGAUGGCUAUGAGCAAUGUGACGCAGGCUGGCUCGCUGACCAAUCUGUCAGAUAUCCAAUCCAAGUUCCCCGGGAAGGUUGCUAUGGUGACAUGGAUGGCCGCCCGGGAUUGAGGAACUAUGGGACACUGGAAUCAGAGGAGCUGUUUGAUGUGUAUUGUUAUGUGGAGCAUAUUGACGGGGAGGUGUUCCAUGGCUCUGCCCCUCAGCAGCUGUCAUUGGACGAGGCUCGGGCUUACUGCGAGAAGGAAGAGGCAGAGCUGGCUACCACAGGGCAGCUGUACGUUGCGUGGAGCAAGGGUUUGGACAGCUGCAACCCUGGCUGGCUGUCUGAUGGCAGUGUGCGGUACCCCAUCAUCAUCCCUAGGGAGCGCUGUGGAGGGCCUCAGGCAGGGGUCAAGACUCUGUAUCGCUACAGCAACCAGACAGGCUUCCCUGAAUCAUCCAGCCGCCAUGAUGUUUACUGUUUCAGAGGUAUUGGGAAUCCUCACACUGAUGCCCCCAUGGACUACAUGGCCACUGAGCCAGAGGACAUCGGACAAGAUAUUGUCGUUCUUAUGGAGCCUGCUGAGGAGCUCCAUCUGAGCCAGGAUACCGAGCAAGUGGAGCGAGAGGCCCAGAGUGUCCUGGAAUCCCUCCCUGUCUUCCAGUCGGCUCCUGCUCAGGAGGACCUGCAGGGGACUCCCCCUACUGCCCUGUCAAGCACAGAGGUCCCCCUCACCCAUACAGCCUCUUCCCAGGACAUUCUCCAGCCCUUUGACGAGACUUCACUUCCUGUAGAAGAAAACUACCACUCCCAGCAUGCUACUUCACUACCCAGCACCUCCAGUGAGCCAGAAUCUCUCCAUGAAAGAGACUAUCACUCCCAGAAUUCUAGUCCCAUACCCAGCACCUCCAGUGAGUCAGACUCCCUCCACGAAAGAGACUAUCACUCCCAGAAUUCUAGUUCCAUACCCAGCACCUCCAGUAAGCCAGACUCCCUCCACGAAGGAGACUAUCACUCCCAGAAUUCAACUUCACUACCCAGCACCUCCAGUGAGCCAGACUCCCUCCACGAAAGAGACUAUCACUCCCAGAAUUCUACUUCACUACCCAACACCUCCAAAUUCUAUUCCAUACCCAGCACCUCCAGUGAGCCAGACUCCCCCACGAAGGAGACUAUCACUCCCAGAAUUUCAACUUCACUACCCAACACCUCCAGUGAGCCAGCCUCCCUCACGAAGGAGACUAUCACUCCCAGAAUUCUAGUUCCAUACCCACCACCUCCAGUGAGCCAGACUCCCUCCACGAAGGAACUAUCACUCCCAGAAUUCUACUUCACUACCCAACACCUCCAACUCCUCAACGAAGGAGACUAUCACUCCCAGAAUUCUACUUCACUACCCAACACCUCCAGUGAGCCAGACUCCCUCCACGAAGGAAACUAUCACUCCCAGAAUUCUAGUUCACUACCCAACACCUCCAGUGAGCCAGACUUCUUCCACGAAGGAGACUAUACCUCCCUUCCAUCUACUUCACUACCCAGCACCUCCAGUGUGCUAGACUCUCUCCACGAAGGCAAUUCCAGUCUCUACCAGCUAGUGCUGGAAACAACCCCAGAAUUCCCAGAGCCGUCCUACGAGCCACACAGACAUUACCAGCCGAUGCCAGAGAUGAACCCGGAGGAACCUGACUACCAACAGUCAGGAUCUUCCAAGCACUUCCAGCCGAUGCCAGAGACCAAUCUCGAGUUGGAUCAAGUGGAAGCCAACUACAGCACAACAGGAGGUAACCAGAGUCAUCGGGAGAAUACAAAAGAAACUACCACAACGGCCUUUGAACCCAUUGAGAAUGCUACCGAGGCACGUGGCCGUGCCACAGAGAGAAGACACAAAGAGAUGAUCGUGGGAGAGCCUGAGGAGACAUCCAUCUCGACCGAGUCCCCGGGAGAGCUUGAUCCCCGCCCAGCAUGGUCUACCCUCUCCCCCCACGCAAAGGCAACCUCAGUGUGGUCGCCCCUGGAUGGAUCUGGAGAUGUGUCCCAAGAGAUAGAACUAGGUGUCCACCAGGAAAUCCAUACAGACAGAUCCCCCACCUCCUCCUCCUCCUCCUCCUUCACCACUCACAUGUCUGCCACCCCUGGAGUCACCAGCAUCCCCAGUGAGGAGCAGACAGGAGUUAUGCAUUCAAGCAGCAUCUUAUCUGGACCGGAUCAUUCUGAGYAGCUGGGACUGGAUGUGUACUCCACAGUAGGCCAUCCACAAGUAACCUCGCAGGGAACUUCCUCCACUAGGCCGGAAGGCCGCACCAGUCUAGAUUUUGAGGGUAUCGUCAUUCCAGAGAGAUUGGUACCUUCAGGAGAAGUGGAACUGGCACCAGGGGAGUCUGAUGAGGAGCACCUGGGGUCUGGAGAGGGCAUAGCCACUACCGAGUCUCCAGACCUCUCCACCACCUCCCAGCUGCCRGUCGAGUUUACCACUAUGGGCUAUSAAACAACGACCAUGUCCAGAAUAGAGAUGGAUCCCACAACCACGGACCCUGAAGAAGACGGAAGUGGACAUGAGCCAAGCACCGAUGAACCAUCCCUGGGAGAAAAAGUUACCGUCUUCCCCCUUGAGUCGCAAACAUCCAGCUGGGAUCUGCACCGCACCACCUCUGCACCCCAAGAUUCUCAGGACGACCUUGAAUACAGCGGGGAACCCCUUUCCACCUCUUCCCAGACAGAUCUUCCAGACUCCUCAGAAGAACCUGAUCUGUUUGGGUCAGACUCCUUGUCCACCUCAAGUACGGGUCCCACCGCAGCCACCAUGUCCACAUCCACCAUGUACACCUCCACAGAGUGGGCCACACAGACCUGGAGCCCCAUCACCUCCACGACACAAGGUCCCCCAGAAAUAUCUGAGCCGGAGAGGGUGACGGCUCUUAUGCCCCCCGUGGAUCAGGGCCGGUUGGAUCUGGAAUUCGGCCUCACCCAGCCACCCACCCUGCUCAUGUUGCCCAAUGAGAGGGCUGCCGUGGGCAGUGCCAGGAAGAUUUCAGAUGCCUGUCUGGAGGACCCCUGUGCCAACGGCGGCACCUGCGUUGAGAUGGGCGGGAGCACCGAAUGCCUCUGUUUGCCCAGCUAUGGAGGUGACCUCUGUCAGACAGAUCUGGAGCAGUGUGAGGUGGGCUGGCAGAAGUUCCACGGGAACUGCUACAAGCACUUCAACCAGCGGCUGAGCUGGGAGGUGGCGGAACAGCACUGUCGCAUGGUGGGGGGCCACCUGGCAUCAAUCAUGACARCUGAAGAGAAGGACUUCAUUAACAAUAACUUUAAGGAGUAUCAGUGGACUGGACUGAACGACAAGACCAUCGAGGGGGAUUUCCACUGGUCCGAUGGCAACCCAUUGCUCUAUGAGAACUGGUACAGGGGCCAGCCUGACAGUUACUUCCUGUCUGGAGAGGACUGUGUGGUGAUGGUAUGGCAUGAUUCUGGGCGCUGGAGCGACGUGCCCUGCAACUACCACCUGGCCUACACCUGCAAGAAAGGCACCUCUUCAUGUGGCCCUCCCCCCAAAGUCCGGAACGCAUCCGCGUUUGGCAAGAUUCGCCAGAGGUACGAGACAGACGCCGUUGUGCGCUACUACUGUGCCCAGGGCUUCCAGCAGAGACGAAACCCUCUGGUCGUGUGCCUGCCGGGUGGCAAGUGGGAGGAGCCCCAGAUCCUCUGCAUCCCUGGGGCAGGAAGCACGGCACAGACAGUAGGAGUAACAUCACUAACCACAGGAAGCCAGGAGCUGGCUGAAGAGGAAUCACAAACAACAAAGGAAACACCUCAAUACUGGGACAUCAAGUGGAACUUUUAAAUUCCAUACCAUGUCCCAGUACACUUCAAGAGUUUCCUUUCCUCAUUGACCAGAGAUCUGAAAUGGCUUAACAGGUAAAGGCAAUAGGGUGAUCUUGAAGGAAAGGAGACAAGGAAAGAGUACUGGGACACAGGGUCAGUCAAGCAUAACCUCUUACAUUCCUACUGUCCUCCCUAAAGCACAUCGAUUUGAAUCUGUUGUUGGGAUAGCCUGGGCUUGAAGGUCUCUUGUAGCCCUACAUAGGAUGCAAUGAAUUGCAAUGUUGUUCUAGAAUGCUAUAAUACAGAACCCAGAACAUAUUCUGUGAAAAUCCUAUCACUGAGGCAUAUCUAUAAUCAGUAACUCCUUGUCCGUUCAUUUGGAUUUUAUAAUGUGUGGAUCUGUAAAUACACUUUCCUCCACACCGGCACAUAACCCCAGGUGUGGUAGACAGACAGUGGUAGGAUAUGCAGUCUUGAGCACUGUCUAUCACAGGUGAAGUCUGGUGCCGGUUUGGUUCAGACGGUUUCUUUAAAGAUAUCCACACUUUGGACAAUCCAGAAGGAUGGACAAGGAGAUGUAGAUGUGAAUUCAGUAAAAGGAUUAUUGGAAACAGGUAAACCGAUGGACUUUUCGCCAGAUAUGUUCCGGGCUCCACAUUGUAGCUAUCUAGGAUGCCAUUGCAUUCAAUGUGCGGGGUCAUCUGUAAGCCCAGGUCUCUUGUUGGUUUUAAACAGGCCUCAGCACGCUAAUGGUGUUCAGUGAUCUCAUCUCCAUAAUGUAUCAUGUCAGUUCUCAAUCAUUGUUUAUUGACUAUUAUUGGCAAAUCAACUUAUAAAUCCACCCAUAAUAUUUUCAACAACAGCUGGUCUGUUUGCAAUUCCAUUCAUAUUCCAUCAGCUAAGGACUACCUGGGGUCUGUUCAGGAGGGUGCAAACGUUACAGAAUGUUCAGAUAGAAAUGUAUUGUGUAGAAUAGAUAUGAUUGCCCAGCCUGGCAUCAGAGCCGCACAGAAUAUAAUUGUGUAGUUCUGAGCACCUCCAAGAGGUAUGAUCCCUACAGUCUAGCAAUCCAAAGGUUGCAUGUUCGAGUCGCGUCGGCAUUUUAGCUAACCUUUCCCCUAACCCUUAUUCUAAAGUUAACCCAAUUCACCUGCUAUGUAAAUUCACCUAACCUUUGUCAUUUUAGUUCUCCUAACCUUUGUAGUUAGUUCCCGUAACCACCGAUUUAAAUUGUCCCUGUAAUUGUCCUUUGUUGUUACAGCGCAACAAGCAACGUGGUCUCAGACAAAGACUUGCAAUACUAUAUGUCCUCCAAGACGUAUGAUAUUGUACGACCACUAUUUUAUUCGUAAUGUAACGUAAUGUAUCAUACUGAAUUGAGUGUCACAGAUUUACGUACAGAUUCAUACCAAUUGCCCUGACACCACGUUGGAUUGCCUGUAGACUCGGGACUUGGGACUACGACUGUAGUUCUAUAAGUAAUAUUUCUACCUGCAAUGAUUUGAACUUUUCAUCUUAUUGAGUACACUGCAGGACAGGUGAGUCAUUAUAGGGAUGUCUGGUUGAGUGUUGACUCUGUGGUCUAAAUGAACCUGUCCCACAUCACUACCCCUAUGUCCUUUAUGAGUCCCCUUCAUAAAACGAAAAGGACUGCAUAGGUGUACGCAAUAUGAUGGAAACUCCACCAAGCCUACCAGAGAGCUAGGUGUGGCUAUUACCACAUUGCUGAUACCAAUACAAAUAUUUCAGAUGCACGAGGUGACUUAACAAAGUCUUCGGAAUGGAAGGAAUAGUUGGUUUGGAAUUGGGGCAGAAAAUCCCUGCGCUCUUAGGAACCCAUAUCAACUCUUGAACUCAGCAUUAUUUCCAUCUCAACCAUCUCACAACCAUAAGCCUUCUUAGACUUUUGUCAUCAACAGACUUCAUAUGAAGAAUGGUGCUAGCUCCCUUGCGUAUGAUACCUGCAUGAAGUACAUUUCAUUUUUGAAGUCGUUAAGAAUGAAACUGGCAGGUUUGUGCAGCAGGAUGUUAGAAAAUAAAACAACUCCAGACAAGCUUGUUUAUUAAGUCAAUUCCAUUAUCGAAGUAGAAUUUACAUUUCUCACAGUGGUCAUAAUUAUUUUGGGGUGAAAAAGGCUAGAGUGAGUGAGUAGCAUGCAAAAGAUUUGACCAUGGUGACGAUGCCAUUACUGUACUUAUCAAUGAUAUUAAUUUUGUCUCAAAGUAUAUUUUAAUUACUGUCCACUCUUCCCUCUGAUAGAUGCCCUACAUUUUACUGACACAGUUCUAUGAAAAGCUUUAUGUUGUAAUAAAGUUAUUUUUUAGAAUAAAGCAAGGAUUUAAUGAGUAUUAACCACACAGCCAUUAUCGGAAAUUGUAUUUGUUUGUUCUUUAUUUGCUUCGGUUUUUAUAAGCAUCUUUUACGGUAAUACUGUUCCUUUAUAA